GACGUUAGCGUAAGGCCACGGUUUUUCUCUUACCAAGAAAGUAACGUUACUUGCUAAACGAGAGUUAGUUAUGGGUGGUAGCAUGGAGUUCAGUGGUGGUAGCUAGCUAACUCGCGGGCAGCUUAGCAAUAAAUAACUCAAUAGUCGGAACUACCAACCAAACAGUAAAAUCAAUACAAGUUAAUAAACUUGGUAGCCCUCACUACUAUUUGAGAAAUAUUGACGUUUCAGUGAGAUAAAGAUCUUCUAAGCUGUCGGGCGUUCUUUGUUUGCCAGCAAUUCAACGUACUGUAUAUCGAACAUCGCGGACAGACAAGUGGAGGUCCUUGGCAUCCGCAAGAUAAUUUCUGCAUUCCAGUUACCAUUGAGAUUAACUCACAUUCUUGACAUAUCGGUAUGAGAGAGGCGGGCUGCGCGCGGCUGCGGCGGUUCCCCCGGUAACAGUAACCACGGCGGAGCGCAUACGGCCGUCCGUGUGCAGGGUGGUGAUCUACCUCCAGCGGGACGCCGGCGGGGCCAUGUCUGGGGAGGGCUGCCUGCGCCCCCCCACCCCGCCGCCCGCCCACGCCCACCCCAAGCCCGGGAGCGCGUACGUGCGGCUGAACGUGGGCGGGGCCCUGCACUACGCCACCGUGCCCGUGCUGACGCGGCAGGACGGCCGCCUGCGCGCCAUGUUCAGCGGCCGGGCCGAGGUCUUCACCGACCGGGAGGGCUGGGUGCUUAUUGACCGAUGUGGGAAGCACUUUGGCGCCAUCCUGGCCUACCUGCGGGACUCCACCGUCACACUGCCCAAAUCCCGGCAGGGCAUCCGGGAGCUUCUGGCCGAGGCCAAGUACUACCUGCUCCAGGGCCUGGUGGCCUCCUGUCAGAGCGCCCUGCAGCAGGACAACAAAGAGCAAGCUCUGUGCAUGAUCCCAGUGAUCACCUCUGCCAAGGAGGAGGAAAGGCUCAUCCAGACCUGUAAAAAGCCUGUGGUCAAGCUGCUCUACAAUAGAAGCAACAACAAAUACUCCUACACCAGCACCUCUGAUGACAACCUGCUGAAGAACAUGGAGUUGUUUGACAAGCUGUCGCUGAGCUACAGCGGGCGUGUGCUCUUCAUCAGAGACGUUCUCGGAGACGAGAUCUGCUGCUGGUCGUUCUACGGGCAGGGCCGCAAGCUGGCCGAGGUGUGCUGCACCUCCAUCGUCUACGCCACCGAGAAGAAGCAGACCAAGGUGGAGUUCCCUGACGCGCGGCUCUAUGAGGAGACUCUGAACGCGCUCCUGUACGAGACGCUGCCCGUCCCGGAUAACUCCCUGCUGGAGGCCACGCGCCGGCGCUGCGGGUCCCACAGCGAGGAGGAGGAGGGCGGGGCGGGCGAGCGGGACCGCGGGGCGGGCGACAGGGACCGCGUGCGCCGAAUACACGUCAAGAGGUACAGCACAUACGACGACCGGCCCCUGGGCCCCUGACUGGGAGCCCCGCCCCCCGCCCUGUGACGCUCAGCGCUGCCGACCCCGCCAACAGCUUACUUUAAAACUUACGUUUUAUCCAAAGCAGCCUGCAUGGAUUUCAUCGUGGAUACACGGGGGCUUGGACCUUCCGGGUCCCGGUCAUGUACCUUAGCUUAGCCACUAGGCUACAUGCUGCCCUAAUGCCUUGACUUCAUCAGGGCGAUCACGCUGAAAAACAGACCAACAUGCGCUUUUGGGUUUGUAGUAUCAGAAAGCUUGGUUAAUUCCAGAGGACUCAAGUAAAGGACACAAACGCUGUGCAUCGUAUCCCUGCCCUCCACUUAGACCAGGAACGUGUUUGAUCAUGUCUGUUUCUUUGAAAUCAUGAGAAUGUUUUAUCGCACUUUUUCCAAGUAGCUGAGAGAGCUUCACUCCUGUGGUUCAGUGAUGUGUGGCCACGCCCCUUCAGUUCUCUGGGUGUUGUGGCCACGCCCUUUCAGUUCUCUGGGCGUUGUGGCCACGCCCCUUCAGUUCUCUGGGUGUUGUGGCCACGCCCCUUCAGUUCUCUGGGCGUUGUGGCCACGCCCCUUCAGUUCUCUGGGUGUUGUGGCCACGCCCCUUCAGUUCUCUGGGCGUUGUGGCCACGCCCCUUCAGUUCUCUGGAUUUCUUCAUUGUACUGCUGUAAAGAACACUAACACUACUGUUGAUUUUACUCAUAAAAUAUAUUGCAUUAUAUAAAGUUUACUUUCUCUGUGUUAGGUUUUAAGCCUGUGUGCAGGGCUUAAGGCAUGAGUGAGUGUGUGUGGCUGUCCUGGAAGCCAGUGGGCUCAUUCCAAUCCCUUCAUUUUCUCCUUUUCUUUUUCUUUCUCCUUUUUUGCUCAUGUGCACUCAUGUUUCCUCACAAGAAAGAAAGUUCUGGAGUUCUUAACUUCUACUUCUGGCUCCUAGAAGGACCAUUUAACGGGUUGGAAUGUCCUUAGAAAUGGCGGCCCUAAAUCAAUCUCCAUAUUAGGAGCAAGAAAAAGAACAAAAGAAAAAUAAGCCAUUGCAAUGAGCCCCUUGUCCUUAGAAUGCCUCUUGUCACUCAUCAGUGCCAGAGUUAAUUUGAGUAACUGCUUCCCUCAUGAAUCAGAUGAACCAAUCAUGAGCCUCGUGAGCUUAUCAAAUCAGCAAUCACUAUUGCCAGGAACUGUGACCCCGCCGGAGGGAGGAGGUUUGCAUACUGUGAGGGGAUUGGCUGUUGCUGUGCCACAGGUUUACUGUGAUGUAAUGGGAUGGGGUGGGGUUUCACAGGCUGACGCACAUUUCCAAAGUAUCCUCGUGCAGUUUUCUGUGUGGCCCUGGUGGUGACCAGAGGCAGAGAGCUGAAGAAAAUUUAGAUUUCUUUCACCAUUGGCUAUGAAUGUUGAUGCUGUGUGUUCCUGAAUAUGUACCUUUAGGGUUAUAUUAAACCUCAUAAAAAAACUUGCCUGUAGUAUGAAAUAUUUAUAUGUUUUGUAUCUGUGUGCCUUUUCCUGCUAUGUUGAAUAUUAAAGAGUAUAAAAGAG